GCCGCCCCCCGCCCCCACGCCCCCGGCCCGGCUUGGGGACCCCGGCGCGCUCGGUCCCCUCUGCACAGCGCCCACGCACCUCCUCAAAGCCUUCCGCGGACACGAGCGCGGAGAAGCCGAGGAAGAGGAAAACCGCCUUAUUUAUUAUCAUUCGCUGUUGGCAUGGCAACACAGUCCUAUGUUACUGAGCUACAGGCAGCCCCACAAGCAUCCCAGCCACCACAGGCCCCGCCCCAGGCCCUGCCCCAGCCACCACCCCCAGCAGCACCCCAGCCUCCUGCUGCAGCGACCCCCCAGCCCCAGUAUGUCACUGAGCUUCAGAGCCCCCAGCCCCAGACGCAGCCUCCGGGCAGCCAGAAGCAGUAUGUGGCAGAGCUCCCAGCUGCCCCUGCGCCCUCACAGCCUGCCACGCCUGCCCCAUCCCCCGUGGCUCAGCAGUAUAUCGUGGUCACCGUCUCAGAAGGUGCCAUGCGGGCUAGUGAGACUGUGUCAGAGGCCAGCCCCAGUUCCACAGCAAGCCAGACCGGCGUCCCUACGCAGGUUGUGCAGCAGGUGCAGGGCACGCAGCAGCGGCUGCUGGUCCAGGCAAGCGUGCAGGCCAAGCCAGGCCAUGUGUCCCCCCUGCAGCUUACCAACAUCCAGGUGCCACAGCAGGCUCUCCCCACACAGCACCUGGUGGUGCAGAGCACAGCGCCGGGCACUAAGGGUGGCCAGGUCUCCCUCACGGUGCACUCUGCCCCCGAGAGGUCACCAGUGCAGGCCACCAGCGCCACCAGCAAGACAGCUGGGGCUCCUGCAAGCACUGUGCAGCAACUACAGGUCCACAGCGUCCAGCAGAGUGUCCCUGUCACCCAAGAGAGGUCAGUAGUCCAGGCCACUCCACAGACCAAAGCUGGUCCGGUGCAGCAGCUGACCGUGCAGGGACUACAGCCAGUUCACGUUGCUCAAGAGGUCCAGCAGCUCCAGCAGGUGCCUGUCUCACAUGUGUACUCCAGCCAGGUGCAGUAUGUGGAGGGUGGCGACGCCAGCUACACGGCCAGCGCCAUCCGCUCUAGCACCUACCCCUACCCAGAGACGCCAAUCUACACACAGCCAGCAGGCACCAGCUACUAUGAGGCUUCAGGCACAGCUGCCCAGGUCAGCACGCCAGCGACGUCCCAGACUGUGGCCAGCAGCGGCUCAGUGCCCAUGUAUGUGUCCGGCAGCCCAAUUGUCGCCAGCUCCUCCAGCAGCGAGGCUGGGGCCAGCAACAGCAGUGUGGGUGCAGGGGGCAACGGGGGAGGUGGCAGCAGUGGCGGCGGCAGUGGCAACGGCAGCAGCAGUGGAGCAGGCACCUACGUGAUCCAAGGUGGCUACAUGCUAGGCAACACCAGCCAAUCUUACUCGCACACCACCCGUGCCUCACCAGCCACAGUCCAGUGGCUCCUGGAUAAUUAUGAGACCGCCGAGGGCGUGAGCCUGCCACGGAGCACCCUCUAUUGCCACUACUUGCUGCACUGCCAGGAGCAGAAGCUGGAGCCGGUUAAUGCCGCCUCUUUCGGCAAGCUCAUCCGCUCGGUAUUCAUGGGUCUGCGCACGCGUCGCCUGGGCACCAGGGGCAACUCUAAGUACCACUAUUAUGGCCUGCGGAUCAAAGCCAGCUCACCCCUGCUUCGCCUGAUGGAGGACCAGCAGCACAUGGCCAUGCGAGGCCAGCCCUUCUCCCAGAAACAGAGGCUCAAGCCCAUCCAGAAGAUGGAGGGCGUGGCCAACGGUGUUGCCGUGGGGCAGCAGAGCACAGGGCUGUCAGACAUCAGCGCCCAGGUGCAGCAGUACCAGCAGUUCCUGGACGCCUCCAGGAGCCUCCCAGAUUUUGCUGAGCUGGACCUCCAGGGCAAGGUGUUGCCUGAGGGCAUCGGCCCUGGGGAUGUCAAGGCCUUCCAGGUCCUAUACCGGGAGCACUGUGAGGCCAUCGUGGAUGUCAUGGUAAACCUCCAGUUCACACUGGUGGAAACCCUGUGGAAGACCUUCUGGAGAUACAACCUUAGCCAGCCUAAUGAGGCACCACCGCUGGCCGUGCACGACGAGGCAGAGAAGCGGCUGCCCAGGGCCAGUCUGGUGCUCCUGUCCAAGUUCCAGCCCGUGCUGCAGUGGACCAAGCACUGUGACAACGUGCUGUACCAGGGCCUGGUGGACAUCCUCAUCCCUGAUGUGCUGCGGCCCAUCCCCAGUGCCUUGACCCAAGCAAUCCGGAACUUUGCCAAGAGCCUGGAGAGCUGGCUCACCCAUGCCAUGGUGAACAUCCCUGAGGAGAUGCUACGGGUGAAGGUGGCAGCAGCGGGCGCCUUCGCACAGACACUGCGACGGUACACCUCGCUCAACCACUUGGCACAGGCUGCGCGGGCAGUGCUGCAGAACACUGCGCAGAUCAACCAGAUGCUGAGUGAUCUCAAUCGCGUGGACUUCGCAAAUGUGCAGGAGCAGGCCUCGUGGGUGUGCCGCUGCGAGGACCGUGUGGUGCAGCGUUUGGAGCAGGACUUCAAGGUGACGCUGCAGCAGCAGAACUCGCUGGAGCAAUGGGCAGUCUGGCUGGAUGGUGUCGUGAGCCAGGUGCUCAAGCCCUACCAGGGCAGUUCUGGCUUCCCCAAGGCGGCCAAGCUCUUCCUCCUCAAGUGGUCCUUCUACAGCUCCAUGGUGAUCCGGGACCUGACCCUGCGCAGUGCUGCUAGCUUCGGCUCCUUCCACCUCAUCCGGCUGCUCUACGACGAGUACAUGUACUACCUGAUCGAGCACCGCGUGGCCCAGGCCAAGGGCGAGACCCCGAUCGCCGUCAUGGGAGAGUUUGCCAACCUGACCACUUCGCUGAACCCCCUGGACCCUGACAAAGACGAGGAAGAGGAGGAGGAGGAGGAGAGUGAGGACGAGUUGCCCCAAGAUAUCUCACUGACGGCUGGCAGUGAAUCCCCUGCGCUGGGCCCUGAAACUCUGGAGCCACCUGCAAAGCUGGCACGGACUGACACGCGUGGCCUCUUUGUGCAGGCCCUGCCCUCCAGCUAAACCCAAGACCUCCCUGCCACCCUCCGCCUGCCCAACCUGCCGCUGCUGCCCCUCCAGGCCAGGGUCCAGCCCCUCAGCUUUUGUGGCUUCACUGUCACCCUUCCAGCCCAUGCCAGAGCUGGAGAGGGUCUACCUGACAGAGAAGGCUAGGGGAGUCCCCUCGUCACAUGGGGCUGGUACAAUCAUGGGCCAGGCUGGGCAGAACUGAAGCUGCAAACCCUGACACAAAAGACGUGCCUUAAGGAACCUGCCCAGGUGUCCCUCUUUCCUGCCCCAACUCAUAGCCCUGCCCCUUACCCC